AGAAUGUGGAGACUCUUUAAUAUUAUUUCUGAGUUCUAACUGGAAAACAUGACUGAUUUCAUUAUUGAUUUGAAAGAUGUUUUGCUCUCCUCUUAAACUGUACUUCUUAUUUCUUUAUUUUUCACUGAAGUCAUGAAAGCUGUGAUUGCUUUUUUUUCUUCUGGUUCUCAGUCUUUUCUUCUUUCUUUGGUACAAUCCAUUGUCCAUAAUUAAUAUAGGUUAUUAUACAGAACCAGAUAAACCUAGUAACAAAUGGGUAGAUUUUAAAAAAUGUAAUCAUAUUGAACACUAGCCAUGAAAAAAAUGAUUAUGUUUUUUAUUUUUACAUUCUAACGCUUCUCAGCCCUUUACUAGUAGGAAGGGAAUGUACCAGGGAUGAAGAUCCUCUUCCUAAAGUAGAUCCUGGAAUUAACAAGUGAAAAACUAGCUAACAUCAGUCAUUCUUACAGAGGACUGGAUGAAGGAUUUUUGGAAGGAUAAUGCCACUAGAACCCUUACCUAUUUGUCAAUGUCCCAUCUACUUGAAUGGAACUCAGAAUGGGGCCGAUUCGAUCCCCUCUUCACACAGGUUUGUUAGUGACUGUCCCCAUGAAAGAUUUACAAAGAAAAUCAAAUAUCCUCUCUGUGCACAAGGGUGGCAAUCUCUUCUCCGCCCUUCUAGAUCUGAGAAUGAUACCAAGAAGCAAGAAAUAUAUCACUUAGGAAAUGACACCCCUCUACAGCCUGAAGAGGAUCACAGUUAUGUUGAUUCUUUUCCAAGUUGUCAGCCUCGUUCUGAUGGUGAAUUGUCUGAUGAUGACUCUAUUCAGGUCAAUCCUCUGAAAUAUCAAGUUGUCCAAGAACUAUUGAAACAGUUUUCUGGUAACAAGCCAGAUCAAGCCCAUGAAGUGUCUUCAGGAUACUUUAAAGAACAGGUGGUUAUUGAAUUCAGAAGAGCUCUUUAUUUUUCUGGGCUUCAGGUAUUGUAUGUCAGGGGUGGUGGAUUCUAUAGGCAUAUUUCAUCAGAUUUCUUCCAAAGAAACCAGAACUGUCUACAACGAUUAAUCCCAUGGCUGAAACGUGAGCUGACUGCUGUAUAUGGUGACUUUGGAUAUACAGCCAAAAAUAUUCUUUCUAUCAUCCUCCAAAACAUGACAGUGUAUGAUCUGGACAGCCAGCCCUUCUAUGAAAUCUUGGAGCCCUAUCUCUUGCAAUACACCAAACACUUCUUACAUGAAUUCAUCAGUUUUGCUCGGUCACCUUUUAAUAUGAAAACUUAUGACCAGAGAGCCAUUUAUGAGUGUCCUUCUCCAUAUGGAAGAGGAAAUCUAUUCACUAUCUCACCUGCUACUGACAAAGGAGUUUUACCAGCACUGGAAAAUUAUGCAGAGAUAUUUAAAACCAAUGACGACUCGGGGGAUAAAGGAAUAUUGCCUCACUCAUACUCAUAUCAUAACAUGCCAUCUGAGUUAACUUCCAUUCCAUCUGAAAGAAAUCUAAAAGAGCUUAACAGGGCCAAAAGUUACCAUCCACUGAGGAUCUCAACCACGUCAGAAUCAGGAGACAGCAAAGGUGUGAUUUCAUCACAGAGUUAUACCCAUAUUUCUCUUCUUAAGUCAAUGUGUGGGGAGCCCAUAGACUUGGCAGAACCAGCAUCUGAUGGCAAGAGAAACACUUCUGAGAGAAAAACAGAUGGGAGAAAGCUGAAGCCUGAAGAGGAUAAGUGUUUAGGAGAUAACAGAGCUACAUACUCCACAUCCAGUAUUUCAACCACCUCACAUUCUAGCCCCAAAGAAAAAAAAUUACUGUCUCUUUGCCAGCCAAUGAAGACCCAGGAGAAAGACCCAGAAAAGAACAAAAAUACAGAUUCCUCUGGGAAGAACUUUCAAAGUAGCUAUCCUAUGGUGAAGGAAACACAAGAAUCCCCCCCCAAAUCUCCAAAUUUCUAUUCAGAGAAUGUCCAUUCUCUUAAGAGAUCUGUUCAGAGGGGCCAAAGAGUACAGGCCUUUAGGAAAGAGAGGUUUAAGGGUCAGUCAUCCUCCCAAUGUAGAGAACUAAGCUCCCACCACUACAGAAGACUGAGAAGUUCACAGACCAGAGACCAUACGAAUUCUCUUAAAAAGGGGCUACCUCAGAGCAAUAAUGACAAACCACAUUUGUCCCAUUGCCAUAAAAAGAGAAGAUCAAGAAGCAGAGAUCACAAUGAUAGGGACCUGAGAGGAAACCAUCCAAGUGAACCUUUACUAACUAUAUCUUGUGAAGCUCAGGAAGAUGAUAAAGAAGAUGAUAUUCACCCACCAUUUAGGAGAAUUGUUCUAACUUCUGCAAGGGAGUUUUUUAAUACUAGGGGGAAAUCCCCAAAAUUUUGUAUCAGGGAAAAAGCUUUUAGAGUGAAAAGCCCUAAUGUCUGCCUCCCUACUGAGAAUCAUAGAUCAAACUGUCAGUGUAAGAGGAGGUCAGGUACAGUGUGUGUAGAAAACAACUCAUUAAACCAUGAAAAGAUGGGCAAGAAGAGAAGAUUCAAAUGCCAGCCUUCAGAGAAGGAAAAUAAUGGAACAAUGCCUAGCACACUGCCUGCUUCCAUUCAGAGGCACCAAAUAAAUGAGUUCACAUCCUUCUAUAGACCAGUUCUGCCCAAACAAAAUGUAAAACCUCUAGCCCUAGUUUCCAAGCACACCAUAAGCUAUCAAGAAGAGACAAGAAAAAUGUGAACAAAAAGUUGAAAGCAAGAUUAUUUGGUAAGAAGGCAACAGUGUUUAGGGAGGAACAUGAACCUACAAAGUUUAAAUGAUUGAAGGGACAUCCUACAUCAUUUUGCAAUUAGAAUUGUCUGUUUUAUUUAGUUAAAAAAAUAAAAAAUAUACAACAUCCA